AUGUUGAGCUCAAUGAAGAAGCAUGUGGAGAAGAGGGUGGAGGGGGGCAUGGACGUCCUCAUAAAAACCAAGACGGGGAACUACUUGGGCGCAGGGACUGACGGGAACGUCUACGUCACCCUUGUGGACUCCGAAGGAAAGAAGUCUCGCGACCUGAAACUGAACGUGCUUUGGAAAAAUGACUUUGAAAGGGGGGCAGAGGGAGAGUACAGGCUGCGUAAUGUUGAAGUGACCGCUCCUAUUCGAGAGCUGAAGUUAUGGCGGGACAACAGCUUCCCUCUUGACGACUGGUUUUGUCGGUCUCUCUCUGUCCAACUGAAUCCAGACGACAACGGCCCGACGAUCUACUUUCCUGUGGAUCGCUGGAUCAGGGCAGGUGGGUCUGUGUGGCUGGUUCCAGGCGGCUGCUGCCUUCCCCAGGACGACACCCAUCGCGAUGAGAGGCAGGAGGAGCUCUCAGUGAUGCGGGAGCGCUACAAGUCCUUCAUCCACACGGAAGGCCUUCUGCCAAUGCUGGAGAUACUACCAAUAGAGGCGAAGUUUUCGAAGACGCAAAUGUUGUCCAUGGCUAAGUCGUUGGCUAUACUUGGCAUGACGAACUUGGACAUUAUCUGCGCAAGUUUCUUCCACCAAGACGGCCGGUGGGAAACUUUUGACAGCAUCGACCAAGUCUUUCUGCCAGGGAAAGUGCCGAAGGGGAAAACUAACUGGAAGACCGACGAGAACUUCGGCUCGCAGCGCCUGACGGGAACCAACCCGACAUCCAUCCGAGUGUGCACGGAGAUUCCCGAAGGGUUCGGAGUGACGGCGGCCAUGGUUGAGCCUUUCCUGUACGGCCUGAAGCUGGAAGACGCCCUGCAGAAGAGUCGUCUGUACUACGUGGAUCACACCAUCAUGGGGAUCACCUCCAUGGCCAACAAAAGGACCCCCAGACCCAUGUGCGCUCCGUACGGCCUGUUCUUCGUUAACGAGAAGAAGGAUCUAGUGCCUGUGGCCAUCCAGCUGUACCCUAACACAGGGGAGGAGAAACAUCCGGUGUUUCUGCCGAGUGACCCGCCCAACACGUGGCUGCUGGCCAAGAUGUGGUUCAACUGCGCAGAUGCGUGCUAUCACGAGGCCGUCCCUCACCUUGGUUUCACACAUCUGCUUGUGGAGGCCUGUAACCUGGCGGCUAAGCAGAACCUGUCCAUCUCCCACCCCAUCCACCGCCUCCUGGAGCCGCACUUCAUCUACAUGUUCCAUAUCAACAAUCUGGCCCAGCGAACACUGAUCGACCAUAGCCUGGACCAGGUGACGCAGAUAGGAGCGCAGGGGAGUUUUGAGCUCCAAAAGCAUAGGGUGAAGACUUGGCGGCUCGACAGGGAGGGUACUCUGCCAGAGGACCUGAAGUUCCGUGGCGUUGCGAACGCGGACGAUCUGCCGAAGUACUACUAUCGCGACGAUGCCCUGCCCACCUAUGACGUCAUCAAGAAGCAUGUCACCCUUGUUGUGAACUACUUCUACAGUCCUGAUGGGGAAGGCAAGUGCACCAAACUGGACGCAGAUCAUGAAAUUCAGGCGUUUGCGAAGGCCCUUGUCGAGAGUGGAAUCCAGGGAGUUCCCGGAAACGGCAAGUUGUCCACCGUGGAUGAGCUUGUGCAGAUCCUGACGUGCAUCAUCUUCACGGCCAGCGUGCAGCACGCAGCCGUCAACUUCAUGCAGUGGGACCAGUACGGCUUCGUGCCCAACAUGCCGCUCGUGCUGGAGGGGGAACCGCCAAAAAAUAAGGAGGCCCUGACGGAACAGGAUGUCCUGGACGCGCUCCCCUCUAAGUACCAAACUCUGCGGAUAAACCUGCUGACGGAAGUGCUCAGCGAGCGCUCCACGCAGCCUCUGGGGGACUUCGAGGUGAAAUAUCUGCAGGGGGACAAGGCGGAAAAAGUCCUCAAUUCAUUCCAGGAAGACCUGGCAAAGAUCGCGAAGGACAUCGAGCAUGAAAACUCCACUCAGCGGUUCAAGCCGUACGACUACCUGGAUCCCCGCCAGAUCCCCAACGCCAUCAGCAUCUAG